UUAACCACACAAGGUCAUACGCACGUGGGUCUGCUCGGCUGUCAUCUAGUAUUUUGUGCGUGAGCGUAGUUGAUUUAAAUACUUUGUCUGCAACGUUAUUUGUCAAAAUUGUGCUUUCAUUACAGUUUGGAUCUACCUUUACAAUGGCAAGAGGAAGUCGCAGUCGUACUUCACCGGCACCAGCGAGUGCUCCUGCCCCAUCUUAUGCUCCUGCCCCAGCACCACCUCCUCCAAUGGCAGUGGCUCCAGUCCAGCCCAAGCAACCAGGCCUCAUGGCCCAGAUGGCCACCACAGCUGCCGGAAUGGCCGUUGGCUCAGCUGUAGGACAUGUGAUGGGCAGUGCCAUCACAGGUGCUUUUAGUGGAGGCAGCAGCAGCUCAGAGGCACCCAAACCAGCACCAACCUAUCAGGAGCCUUCACGACUCCCAACAUCUCAGUCAGGCCCGUGUCUCUUUGAGGUGCGGCAGUUCCUGGACUGUGCAACGACUCAAGCUGAUCUCAGCUUGUGUGAAGGUUUCAAUGAAGCUCUUAAGCAGUGCAAACUCUCACAUGGUGUGUCAUCCCUGGUAUAAAGAAGAACCUGGAAAGAUCGUCAAAUGAAAACUCUAAAUGUAGAUAAAUAAACUAUUGAUCCAGAAUCUCAAUAUCACCAGCAGUUAAUGAGCAUUACUUGUGUUUUUAGUUGUGAAAUUUACUCUUUUUAAUAUGUGACCGUGUAAAUGAAGUUGUACAAUUAAAGA